UUUUAUUUUAUCUGAAAAGAAUUCGGUAAACAAAAUCAUGUUUCAUUGUGUAUCAUGAAAGGUUUUUAGGUUAUUAGUCUUAAAUCAAUGUUGAAGUGAAUGUGCGGUUUUUUAAAAUGAUUAAAGCGUUGAUAAUUUUAUUUUUGUUUGAGCUGCCUCUAUUAAACAGUGUGCAGUUAGAUUUAAUUAAUUGCGGCGUGGACCACGAUCUCGAAGUUUCUACGGGUAACAUUGAACUACAAAAAUAUCCCUGGAGCGGUAUUUUGUAUUACAUUUACAAUGGCGAAGACGGAGAGACCCGUGCUGUAACUAUGGUGGUCCUAAUUCAAAAGGAGUUUGUGCUCGGUUCUGCGGCUGAUAUAGGACCUAUAUCGAACCGUGAUUUUAGGGAGUACUCUAGGGUCUUGCUAGGUGAGAACUGGAUAGCUCCAGGACGCCGCGUCCGAAACUACGUGCUCCAUCCCGAGUAUGGCGACACUUACAACACGUUAGCUUUGGUUCAACUUAAAGACAUCGUCCGAGACGCGAACAUACGACCUGUUUGUCCACCGCCAGAGAGACUGAGGAAUCCAACUUUUUACGUCGUCAAAUUUGAAAAUGAUUACACAAAUCUCGAAAAGAAGAUGAUUCAAGUCGAACACAUACCAGGGAAUUGGUGCAAAGAGUUUUAUGUCAAAGCUAACUUGUAUAGCCUGAAGAUGCGUCCACCACACGUGGCCUGUGUCGUUUCGUUGGACGAUAAAUAUCCUUGUGUUUGGAACGCUGGUUCAGCCUUAGUCUCUAGAGACGUUUGGGGGAGAUGGCAGUUGUUAGGCCUAGGAGUAAGAGGACCAGGGUGCGGUGCGCCAUCCAGGUUUCUGGAUAUCAUGAGCUAUGACCCUUGGAUACGGUCCAGCCUCGCCAAGUUCCAGCGCAUCACAAUUUCGGAGAUAACCCGACAGAAAUAUGUAUUGCGUAGCGACGGCGGCACGGCCUACCAGAGAUUCGGGGACUGUGAUGAGGAGGAAACCCACAACCUCAUAUUCCGAGAGGUCAUCGUCCUGAGAACGGACAAUAACCAAUACCAAUUCCUGACUUAUAACUUGACACUGAUGAACAACGUCAACUAUAGAUGUCUGACACUCGAGCUGGUAAACGCGUCCGGAACUUCAGAGAUGAGGGUCACCCACCACUCCCGCAGGUACACGCACGGACCCGCGUGCUACACUUAUAGAGGGACCAUAUUCGAUAUAUCAGUAUACAUAAUGUUCUCGGACAAGUGCGUCUUCCAAAUGUAUAUAUGGGGCGACGAACAAAACAUGGUUCUGCUCGACAAACAAAAGUGGAAAUGGGAGGAGGGCACCUAUUACGAAGACUUCACUAUGAGCCGCGUCGAAUACAGGGGUCAGACUUACAUGACCGAUUUCGGUUACGAGCCCUUGGACUACAAGAUGUGGAUACCGGAAUACGAUGUUUGGACUACGACAGAGUUCGAUAACAGUAGCUGGUCGAGCACAACGCCGCCUCCCUCCAAGGAAUCCGGAGGCGCACAAUUCGCACAGAUGGUCGAGUACCGUCCCACCGUCGGUUCGACUACCACGACUAGGACGAAAAAGAAGUUUAAAAGGAAAACGACAACCACCAAACCGACUACCAAGCCACCAACCAACUCGACCUUACCAGCAACCAACUCGACCUUGCCAGCAACCAACUCGACCACACCAGCAACGAACUCGACCUCACCGAAAAAACCAUGAAUUGUAACGAAGCGGAUCUGGACCUUCGUCCUGCUCGACCACGGGCUAGAUAUUAAAGAAUAUACGCUUUUA